AACCGCCGUGGCGGUAAGAACCUGAUCUUCCAGGGGCACAUGUACUCCGUGGAGCGCAAGUACCGCAACAGCAUCAACUGGGUCUGCUCCAAGAACAGCAACAGUGCGCUCCGCUGCCCGGCGAGGUGCGUCACCAAUCCGGAGAGCAGCACCGGAAUCAAGCUGAGUCACCGGCACCACAACCAUCCGGCGGAUGCAUUUAAACUGCACAAGCGCAGUCGGAGGCGCUCCCGCAAACGGACCAGUAGCCUGGAUCGCCCAUUGUUCCCGGCAUCCUAGUGUUUAUAAGCAAAACGGGUUCAGGAUCAUUGAUGGCUACCGCUUCGUGAUCGGCACUACAAAUCUGCGUCGCACGUACUUGAAGUGCGCCAACUUCCGCAGCAAUUGCCGGGCCCGUGCCAUUGUGAAUAG